AUGGUUUCCGUUCCUGCGAAGUUCAAUAAGCAGGAUGGCAUGCUCAAGCUUGUGGCAGAGGGUGCACGGUCGGUGACCUGGACGCCUGUGUCUGGAAGUUCACCCCAAGUGAACGUCCGGAUUCCUGAGAUCACUAAUCUGCAGCAGACGCCAGCCACAGCGGCCAAAGCCUCGAUCAGGAUUACCGCCAAAGACAACUACACUUUUACAUUCAGCUCCGGCAACGCUCGCGAAGAUCAACAGCUCGUAACAAACACCCUCAGGCAAUGGAUAGAGGCGGCGAAGGCUUCGCAGAGUGCUGGAAGCCCGGCUACCCCAGCCGCCAACCUCGACAAGGGAGGUGGACAAUCGGGCGCCAUGGCCAUGGCCAGAGCAAUCGCGGGCGCUGCCGCAACCACUAGGUCGGAGGAGGAUACGUACGAUGAUGCGAAGCUGUUGAAGGACGUAGAACUUCAGAGGUCGCUACUCAAUUCCAGUCCCGCGCUCCGUCAACGUUUCGAUCAGGCCCUUCGAGACAAACCGGACACCAUUACAAUCGCCCAGUUUGCGACACAGUUCUGGGGCACACGGGUACACCUAUUGCGUUCCCAUGCUGCAGAGAAAGCCCAAGGCCUGGGGACUUACAAUGUUUUGUCCGUGGUAAAGCCACAGCAUGUGGACGGUAGCAUCAAGCUUAACAUGACCAAGGAGCAGAUCCAGCUUAUCUUCGCUCAGCAUCCCCUUGUCAAGCGUGUGUACAAUGAAAAUGUACCUCAGAUCAAGGAGGGAGAGUUCUGGUCGAGGUUCUUUUAUAGCCGUCUCAUCAAAAAGUUGAGGGGAGAAAAGAUCACGGAUACCGACAACUUGGAUCCGAAGCUCGACAAGUAUCUCGACUUCGACGAUGAUGAUGGGCAGGCACGUCAGCUAACCAUGCCUACCGUGCCCCGUAUUAUCGAUAUUGCGGGCAAUGAGCAAAAUCAUAGCCAAAAACAGGGCAACAGACCUGAUUGGACCAUGCAACCCAACUCCUAUGACAAGGUCCCGAUCCUACGUACCCUCAAUCGUAUGAGCGAGAAAAUGAUGGCUGAUGUUCCGCCAUCCGAUGCCCAUCAACAUGCGCCGGCCGGUAUGGACGAGGAGACAUACAAAGAGCUCCAGCUUCGCGAUUUGCAACGAUCUGAAGAGGACAACAGGGUAGUUCUGAAGAUUAAAGAUCAAAGCCAACUGUUUGCUGCUGGGCAGGGCCUGCACACGUCCAGUAGCGCGGCUGCCUACGCAAAACGCACCCCAGCGGAAGUCUUGUCGACUAUCAAUCAUGACAUGGGAAAGAUCAUGUCUGCUAGAAGCAAAGCUGGAGGGGUCAAUCUAGAGACCGUCAUUGGAGUCGAGGACGACAGCAGCAGUGAAGAUGAAGCUAAGCCGAGGAAGGUAGUCCGAAUAGGGGCAAGGUCUACGCGUUCCGCUGCCACCUCGCAAAUCAUCAAGGCGAUCAAACAACGACAUUUACACAACGAUGACCAUCUCGCCUUCCACGCGGCAGGAUCUGGUGAGCAGGCAGCCAAGUACGGGUUGUCUCAAGAGCUCUUUGACUCCCUCGCGAUGACUCACAAUACCACUGUAGAGUUCUUGCACUACUUCUGGAGUGUUUAUCUCUCAGGUGACCCCGACCGGGCGGGUGAGGUCGGAAGGCUCAUCGAAACUCUGGACAAAUCGCUUGACCGGAUCAAGGCGAUAGCUGAUAGCGCAGAAAGUGAACGCUCUGCCAAGAUCGACCUGUUGAUGAAAGAGAACGAAGCAUAUGCGAAGCGGACUGGGAAGAGGAGAAGGUUCGAUCCGACCAAAGUUGAAGGAGGGGCUCAAGCAGUAAACAAGAUGGUAGGCCCUUUGAAACGGGCCAUUCGGUCGGCGAAGGACCAGUUUGAGAAAUCACUUCAUGAGGCAAUGGCACAAACUGCUGCCUUGACAAGUAGGACAAGCGAAGUAGUCAGCAACCAUUAG